GUCCGCGCCGGGCCCCGGGAGGUGUGCUGAAAGCGCCUGGCAGGCAGACGCUUCUGCAGGGCGCAGGCUUACUGCGCCCGCAGUAUCGGAGCGCUCUUUCCCGGCUUUCCAGACGGCCGCGGGUGCUGCCACGCUGGCAGCCCUAUGGUCGAUGUCCCCGCUGACCCGAGGAAGGCCAAGAGCAGAGCGCCGCCCUCGCGUCGUUUUGUGCGCAGAGGCGGAGGAGGCUCCGCCGGUGGAGUCGAAGCAAGAGCAGGUCGUCACGCCUUGGGAGGUAGAGGCAGGCGAGGAUGGAGUGGAUUACGACAAACUCAUUGAGACCUUCGGUUGCCAGCCGAUUACUGCGGAACAGAUUGAAAGAGUAGAACGCCUCACGGGCAAGCGCGCCCACAGAUUUCUCCGACGCGGCCUCUUCUUCUCCCACCGGGAUUUGGACAGCCUCCUUGAUGCCUAU